CCCGCCCGGACCCCAAUGAAAGGGAACGUGCGGCGCGAGGCGCUCCCCCGCCCCUCCCCCUGCACCGGCCGGGCGGCGGGACCAAUCAGAGCCCUCCCAGCGCCCCGGCCCCGCCCUCCCCACGGUGCCGUCACGGCACCUCCCGCAGCAGCGCUGCCGCUCAGCCAAUCAGCGGUCCCGCCACCGGCCCCCCUCGCCCGCGGGGCCGCGUCUCCGCCCCGGCCGCGCUCCCCGCGCUCCCCCCGCCCCGAGCGCGAGCGGCGGCGGCGGCACAGCCUGGUCCGGUCCGGUCCGUGCGGGCGGCGGCGCCUCCCGGUGCUCGGCGACAUGGAGUGCGCUGCGGCGGGCGCCGAGUUCAACAUCCUCCUCGCUACCGAUUCCUACAAGGUUACACACUACAAGCAAUAUCCACCUAACACAAGCAAAGUAUAUUCCUACUUCGAAUGUCGUGAAAAGAAGACUGAAAAUUCCAAACUAAGGAAAGUGAAAUAUGAAGAAACUGUUUUUUAUGGUUUACAGUACAUUCUGAAUAAAUAUUUAAAAGGUAAAGUGGUGACCAAAGAGAAAAUCAAGGAAGCCAAAGAAGUAUAUAGGGAGCAUUUUCAAGAUGAUGUCUUCAAUGAAAAGGGAUGGAACUAUAUUCUGGAGAAAUAUGAUGGCCAUCUUCCUAUAGAAAUAAAGGCUGUUCCUGAGGGCUCUGUAAUUCCCAGAGGAAAUGUUCUUUUCACAGUAGAAAAUACAGAUCCAGAGUGCUACUGGCUUACAAAUUGGAUUGAGACUAUUCUUGUGCAGUCAUGGUAUCCAAUCACAGUGGCUACAAAUUCUAGAGAGCAGAAAAAGAUUUUGGCCAAAUAUUUGCUAGAGACUUCUGGCAGCUUAGAAGGACUGGAGUAUAAACUGCAUGACUUUGGCUACAGAGGAGUUUCUUCACAAGAGACUGCAGGCAUAGGAGCUUCAGCUCAUUUGGUGAACUUCAAAGGAACAGACACUGUAGCAGGAAUUGCAUUAAUUAAAAAGUACUAUGGUACAAAAGAUCCAGUUCCAGGAUAUUCUGUUCCAGCUGCUGAACACAGUACCAUAACAGCCUGGGGGAAAGAUCAUGAAAAAGAUGCUUUUGAACACAUAGUAACACAGUUUUCUUCAGUGCCUGUAUCUGUGGUUAGUGACAGCUACGACAUUUACAACGCUUGUGAAAAAAUAUGGGGUGAUGACCUAAGGCAUAUAAUUGAAGCCCGAAGUCCAGAGGCACCACUUAUUAUUAGACCAGAUUCUGGGAAUCCCCUUGACACUGUUUUAAAGGUCUUGGAGAUCUUGGGGAAGAAGUUCCCCAUUACAGAAAAUUCAAAAGGCUACAAGUUGUUGCCACCAUAUCUCAGAGUUAUUCAAGGGGAUGGUGUGGAUAUCAACACGUUGCAAGAGGGGAUGCUGGUAGAACAGAUUGUGGAGGGAAUGAAGAAGAAUAAAUGGAGUAUUGAGAAUAUUGCCUUUGGAUCUGGUGGAGCUUUGUUGCAGAAACUAACGAGAGAUCUCUUAAACUGUUCCUUCAAAUGUAGUUACGUGGUGACCAACGGUCUCGGGGUAAAUGUCUUCAAGGAUCCCGUGGCCGAUCCCAACAAAAGGUCAAAGAAAGGACGGCUGUCGUUGCAUAGGACACCUACUGGAGAGUAUGUGACACUUGAAGAAGGCAAGGGAGAUCUUGAAGAGUAUGGACAGGACCUCCUUCACACUGUAUUUAAGAAUGGAAAGGUAACAAAGUCAUAUUCAUUUGAUGAAGUAAGACAAAAUGCCAGGCUGAAGAACAGUGAAUUACAAACAGCGUCUCACUAAGUUCCAUUCCAUGUCUGUGUAUGUGUGUGUGUAACAAGUUCGUACUGCAUACCUACUGGUUUAUUGUACAGAUUUGUGUGUUUGUGUUUUAUGACAUUGUAGCCAAAUUAUUUGUUGGUUUAUGGACAUACUGCCCUAUCUUUUGCCAGUCUUUAGAAGAUGAAAUCAGGAAACGGUACUUACAUUGUAAAACAUAUUUAAUGCUAAAGUGUGCUUUUUAGGGCCCUUUGCCAGUAGUGAUUCAAUCUGGUAUUGAUCUUUUCACAAAUGAGACAGAGCUGAGAAACUUUUUUAUAUAUAACAGAAUAUCACAAAAUGGAUUUACAUAAAAUUAUCAUGAUUGCUUUAUGUUUAUAUUUAACUUGUAUUUUUGUACAAACAAGAUUGUGUAAAAUAUAUUUAAAGUUUCAAUAAUUAAGUCUUUCCAACUUUUCAUGAUUUUUAUGAGCACAGACUUUCAAGAAAAUAUUUAGUGGGGGGGGAAUCCAUUGCCUUUUGUCCAUUAAUCAGCAAAUAAAACAUGGCCUUAAAGUUUGUUGUGACAUUGUUCCAUUUGACAACUAAAUCAGGACUCGUAUCUCCUUAAGAUCCCAUAGAGUUGCUGACCACACCAUUUCUUGUAGUUGUCUGUAUUAGUAAAUCUGCAUUAAGCAAAAUUACUGUUCUUACUAGAAGGCUUAGGUACUACAGAUCUUGCUAGCACAGUAAGGUUUGUAAGUGAAAUGCCAAAUUUGAAAGGAUUCUCUACUGCAACUUAACUUGCCAGGUCUAUCCCACUUGGUAUAUGCACCUCAAUAUUUUAAGAGUAAAGUUUUUAAGAGAUCUCCUCUUCCACUAUAGAAUAUAUGUGUAAAAUACUGAAAUAUGGAAGCGGUGUAUUUUAAAGUAAUUACACUUCUGGGUUUAUUUUUCAUAUGCUGUAAGUGACAUGACUUUAAAGCAAAAUACUGGACUGGGUAGUGCACUUUUUUACUUUUUUGUAUUUUUUUCAUUGAUUUGCCUUUUGUCAGACUGGAUGUUAAAUUGUAAAAAUGUUUAACUAUUUUUGUUAACAACUUUAAUAAAAGUCUAUGCUAGCCAAACUCCUACAUGAAUGCAGACCUGUUUCCCCUUCUCGCCCCAUCUCUUUGGGAUGAGGAGGGGCUUUUAUUCUGCAGAGGGUAGCUGUAAAACAAUAUGUUUGAGAUAUAGCUUUGAACUGUCUGCACUUGAUUGUAUUUGCUCUCUGCAUAUGCUUGAUAUGAGUAUCUGCUGGAAAACAAAACUGUUGAGGAUUUUAUUUGAGAAGCUAUGUAGCAACCUCUGAAAUGUUUGAUAGUACUGUAGGAUGGCUCUCACUAGAAAAGUACCUCCCUUAGAAACAAAAAGCUACAGCAAAAGCAAACAGCUCCUGUUAUGCUGGUGAUCAGCUAUCAGCCAAUGGCUUAAUAUGCUGAUAUAAUUAAUGCUUCUAAUUAGUAAACAAUGUUACUGGAAAAUGUUAGGGGGCCUCUAAAAUAAUUUAAACCUACAAAAUUUUAUAAAAUGUGCUUUUAGAGGAAGCUUGAAAAGCCAUACUUCAUUAUUCCUAUUCUCUCACCAAAAAGGGCCACAUCAAAGCAUCCAUAAUAUUUCUAGGGUUUGUGGUUAAGAUGUUUAUGCCCAGUCUCAAUAGUUCUUGUUAAUAAAAACCUGUUUCUCACUUGUAGUGUAUGUAAUUAUACAUUUAAGUGAUGUAUUGUUUCAAAAAUAGUGUUUUAGUAAGACUCUAAAUGCUGACCUUUCACACUGAGGAACUGCCUUCCCUUUGCUAUUAAUUAUAUAGUUUGGUUUUGGCCAGGAAAGGUUUUGAAUCUGGACCUAGGAUCAGUAGCAGGUAUUUCACUCUAGGAUCAGUAGCAGGUAAAUAGUACAGAGCCUAUUUCACUCCUCCACAUGUGUACUAGGGAAUUCUAUGAUGUAUGGUUUAAAAAACAAUAAAGUAAAUGCUGCUUUCAUUCUGUACCAAUAAAAAUUUUGAUAACUA